AAACCGUGGCGGGCACCAGAGGAUGUCAGAGACAGCCUACCGAGAGAGCGAGCCCUGAAGAGCGUUAGUUUCCAGGAAUCGGUCAGCUUUAUCUCUGACAGCCCCGCAAACAUGGAACUAGAGAGUCAGCAGAUCCAACAUGGCUGCCUCAGCAGUAACCAGGCCCACAAUGCUGGCGUGAGAGUGGAGACUCCUGACAGCGAUGUGGUGCAGGAGAUCCGUUACCUGGACCAGGUGUUAGACGCGGCCUCAGACAUACCCACCAAUGGAAAUGCCAAUCCAUCAGAGCACAUCCAACCAAUCAGCAUCGAGGGAGCCUCUCCCUCUGUCUGUGUGUCAUCCUCCUCUCCUGUCAAUCACCAGCCGGUCCUUGUGGGUGGACAGAGGCAGAGCACCUUCGUCCACCAGGACGAGUCUCCGGUCAGAACCAAUGGACACGUGCAGGGGGGCGACGCAGGGCGCAGCAGUGCCAAGUUUGAGCUGCGAGCCUUCCAGGAAGAGAGACGUCCGGCAAAACUCUUCACACCUGGAGAGGAGCAGCAGGUCAGAGUGACGAGGGUGCGACCCUCAGAGGAGGUCCAGGAGUUGGAGCGCGAACGCCAAGAGUUGAUCAAAGACCAGGCAGUGAAAAAGAAUCCAGGGAUUGCACAGCGCUGGUGGAAUCCUCCCAAGGAGGUCCCUUUGGAGGAACAGCUAGACGCAGAGCAGCUCGAGUCGCUCAAGAAAUAUCAGGAGAGGAAACAGCAGAAACAAAAUCACACUUACCCGUACACACAGCCCCACGUAUCGGGUCCUCUCACGAUGGUCACCUUUGACCCAGAGCUAACCAAGAGAGAGGAGAUUGUGGAGGAGCAGAUCAAUUUCUCGUCCGCUCGGAGGCAGUUUCUGCAAGGCGAGGCUACCAAGAAGGAUGUUGCUCCUCAGUUUUACUCCGCCAAACCCUUCUCGAAAUCCACCGCCAGGGCCAGCACAGGAAGCAGUGACUUUGUUCCAGAGACCGGGGAGACUCACGUGACCUGGUCUGACGAGGGACCCGGUGGGGAAUUUACGUGUGCUCGAGCUGUUAUGACCAUUCUGCAAGGGGAGGAGGAGGCCAAGGGUCAUUUCAGUCCGUCUUUUCACCCGGAAGAGUCCGACUCGGGAUUGGAUGAGCUGUCCGUCCGCUCUCAGGACACAACCUUGUUCGGCCUGGAUAAUGUUUCUGACAGCGGGGCCUCCUUUCCCCCGACCCCACUCCCGCUUACCCCCGUGUCUCCGCCCACGCCCCAGCCCACCACCCCGGUCAACGGCCGGACCCCCGGCAGCCCGACGGAGGUCGAGCUGGAGUACCACGCCGGGGUACUCGUCCAGAACGCCAUCCAGAGCGCCCUGGCCGCCCAAAACGGGGAAAACUGGCCGCCGUCUGCCUUAAACUCCUCUCAGCUCAGCGCCCCCGUGUCGCCAUCCUCCGCCUCGACGAGCAGCCCAGUGCCAGUUUCCUCCUCCCCCGUGUCUUCUGUCGGAGCUCUAAGCUUCUCCUCGCCUGUGUCGUCCAGUCCGGCGCCAUCCAACCCGUCUCCGCAGCCGGACGUGCUACCACUGGUCAGGGUGAUCCCCGAGGAGAAGCCGACGGCGUCCCAACAGCUCAGCGGUCCGGCCCAGCGGCCACACCUCCACACCCCCUCCCCUCCGCCCUCUCAGCCCGUCUCGCCGCCGCAGAGACCCAGAAAUGGCGGCCCCAGGAUCAAGAUCCAGUCCUCCUACGCCCGAGCGCUGGCCUCCUCGGCUCCCGACCCGGCUCCGGCCUCGGCGGCCCCCGUCCCGCCGAGGCCCGCCCAGGUCUACCGCCCGCCUUCCCCUCCGAGCCCGGAGAAACCCGAGUUCAGCUACUUCAGUAAAUACUCGGAGGCGGCCGAGCUGCGGAGCACGGCGGCCGCGGCGCGGGCCCCGGAGGCGGAGCCCGCCAGCGGGCCCUUCCGCCUGCGCUCCAAGAAGCAGCGGACCUUGUCCAUGAUAGAGGAGGAGAUCCGAGCCGCGCAGCAGAGGGAGGAGGAGCUGAAGAAGCAGAGGGAGACGCAGCCCGCCGCUGCUGUUUAUGCGCAGCCGAGCAACCCGGCCACAAACAGCCAUGGAUCCGCCAGGUCAGGGGUGAGGAAGACCACCAUUUCCCCGGCAGAUAAGAUGAAGAGCAACAGCCUGCCGUCCAGACUCACGCUGACAGCACGCACAGCACCAGGGAAGAUCGAGAAGGUUCGUCCCGCCCCACCCGUCUCCCCUUCACCCUCCGAGGGAGCCCUGUCUGAUGCUGGCAGCGAGGACUCCGGGGGGUCCCGACCCAAAAACUUCAUGCAGACGCUUAUGGAAGACUAUGAAACCCACAAGGUGAAGAGGAAGGAGAAAAUGGAGGACAACAGUUAUGCCCAUUUGUUGCUGGCUAACGAGGUUCUGGAAGCCACUCGAGUGACCAGGAGGAAAAGCAACAUGGCACUGAAAUGGGAGGCCGGUAUCUAUGCCAACGAGGACGGAAAGGAGGAAGAGGAGGAGGAAGAAGAAGAGGAGGAGGAAGAGGAAGAGGAGGAGUGA